AUGUGUCGUCACGUGAAUAGUCGGACAUGCUUUCAGUUCGACGCGUUUACUCACGUCCAAGUUCCAAAUGGGUUUCAGUGGGUAAGGAACAUCUCUCUUUUGCAGACGAGCCACUGCAUACACAAUAGCUUGGCGCGAUGGGUUAAUGCCCCUCCUCACGGAUUGAAGCUCGUCCAAGACAACAUUCUCUCCAACCACAGUGGUCAAUACAGAGGACCGUGGAACCUGCAAGUUCGCUCAUAUCGAUCUACACUGGGUCAAAUACCCGGCGUCCAGUUGCUUGCAGAAAGGACGAUGUGCGCCUUGACCAUGGACCAGAAUGUCUUUGUCCUCGUCGAAGACCCUCUGGCUCCCAGCAGAGCAGAUUUCUUGGCAGCGGUGGGUCCGAAUGGAGAACCCCCGAAUGCCCCUCGUCCUUCCCACUACCGGACGACAUUCCUAACUCUACGACCGCCAGGAGCCCUCGAACAGCUCAUGAUGCAACUCAAAGCGCGCUGGGUGCCAGUACGCGCUCCGACAGCUGGAGCGCCCCAGCGAGGACAGUCCAGCCAGCAACUUACCAUCGACGGCGCUAUCUUCGCCAUUGGCUCAGAUUGGCUGGUCCGCAUUGGCAAUGUCGUACUCGCUGGCGGCGCAGUGAAAGGAAUGCUCUUAGAAGCUGAAUAUCUUCCUCUGCCCGUCCUCCGGUCUCCUAUCGCAGAUGGUACAUCGGAGUUGUUGUCGAAUCUGCUAACCUCGAUACUUCCCAAUCUGCCUGAUGCGAAGACGGUGGCUGUUAACAUUUCGGAUGCUCAGUGGAACGACGUUCUGUUCGACGAAGACGACUCCGAAUCGCCGGGAUCGCCCGGUGACUCUGGCAUGGAGGACGAAGACAUCUUCGUCUCUGGGGAGGAGAAAUCCACAAUCUCCAGGCAAGAUUGGCUCGGAGUGAAUCGAGAUCGGCGCGCAGCUUAUCUCAUCAUUGGCGGUCUCAACUCUAUUGCCGAAUAUAUGCCCGAAAUGAGGCAGAAGUGCCCAAGUCUUGACUAUGCUUCGCACACCUUGGCCUUGAGCUCCAGGCACUGGGGCACUGGGACGCACUUCUUCGUUCGCAUGAGUACAUUACAGGCCGCGAAAGCCCGGAACGUGUGUCUUGGCAUCAGUUGGUGGACCAUCGAGAUCAUUCCCGCGACUGGCCAAGAAGGCAAUGGUCUCUUUCGCACUAUGUUCAAUCUGGGCAAACAAGCGUCCAAGCGCUGUGGUCGAGGCUACGCUACCAGUCCAAGCCAACACCGGCUUUUCUAUCAAAACAAACAACUCGAGCUCUAUGCUGCGAAGGAGGCAAACCGGCUCACAUUGAGGCAAUUGAUCUUCUUCGGUCGGUCUAUGAAUGAACAGAGACUCAUCAAGAGCGCCAAUUAUGUCCGGACGGAGCCUCCGAUUCGAAUCGCACAUAGGCUUCGAGACAUGCAGGCCUUGCCCUACAUCGUCAUGACGCAAGAGGGAGUGGACGAGGUUUAUGAGAUGUACUGGACUGCUUUCGACAAAUUACGGCGAUAUCCUCCGAUCACAACUUUCGCUGAAAACAUUAAGUUCUGCAGCAGCCUAUCCGAAGUGCUGCAAGAACACUCGACCGUUAUACCGAACCUGGCACUGGGCCUUUCUUUGGCUAGCCCGCACUUGUCUGCCGAUGCCCUGGACUCUUUCCUCCGUCGCAUGCUCAUCUCAAGGAUCUCUCGACGGGUGUUGGCCGAGCAUCACAUCGCCUUGUCUGCAAGUCUCGCGGACAAAACCACGACUUCGAAGGACUCUCAAGUGGGGAUCAUAUUCCCCGGGCUGAAUGUUCAGGAAUGUAUCGAAAGAUGUGCCCAUAUUCUGAGGGAACCCGGGGAUCAUCUACCAGAAGUUAUCGUGGAUGGUCAGCUCGGCAUUCAAUUUGCUUACAUCAGAGAGCACCUCGAAUACAUCGUGUUCGAGCUGCUGAAAAAUUCCAUCCAAGCCACCAGUCUGCUGCAUCCCUCAAACCCUCCUCCCAUCAGAGCUACGGUGUUCUCCGGAAAGGACAAUGUUGGCAUCCGUAUAUCGGAUCGGGGUGGCGGACUUGCUCACACCCGUGUCAGCUCAUGUUCCGAUCUGUUUUCUUUCUCGCAUCACCGCAAUGCAUCCCGUCUGCAAGACGGGCGGAUAGGCGCGCUGCGGUCAGCCAGCAAGAACCCACGGGGAAUGCGCGCAACGGUGGACGAACAAGUCGACCGAUGGCAACAAGAACACGAGCAGGAUUAUGGCUCAGAAGACGAGGAAGGAAGACAGCGGAUUGGGAUUGGGCUGCCCAUGAGCAACAUCUUUGCGACGUAUUUUGGUGGAUCCUUGGAUCUUGUCUCUCUGAACGGCCUGGGUAUGAUGUAUAUGGUUCCGCUACCUGCGGUGUCACUGACACUGGGCAGGAACGGAUGUCUAUCUCCGUCUUCCGAAACUCGGCACAAACUUGGAGGGCAUCGAAGUUUAGAAACGUUCUUGAAUUUCUUGAUUUUCGCUUGUGUGCUAGCACCUACUCCCUGGCACGCUGCGACGGCGGCAACCAUUGGAUUGAUCAAUUCGGCUGGGAGGCAGCCGAAACUGUAUGGGCGUUUACAAGGACUUCUCGGAGAUGAUCCAUGUUUGCGUCCCGCUCUCCCUGUCUCUCUCUCUCGUCCUUCCAACUGCCGCAAUUGGGCUGGAUACGUGCAGGAUUCACGGGACGCAGGGAUGGAUGAUUCCCCUCCGGCGUACUCCAGGGAUUAUGUCCACCCGAUGGCUCUGAAGAGUCUGCCCCUCGAGUCUAGAAAGGCACCAAUUAGAGACGGAUUCGCCAGGCCUUUACCCCUCCCUCCUGGAGCCGACACAAAGCCGGGUACGGCCCCACUACGGAUCCACAAAAAGUCGCAAUCGACCGCACCCACAUCAUAUCACCAGGCUGCCGGUCCUGAUAGUCACAUUUGCCCUCCUUCACGAGCUGGAUACCCAGCAUACCCACCCCCUCCUCCUCCUGGGGUCGAUAGAUCCAGCAUACCCGCAACUGCGGCCAUAAUCGACCCAAAUUCAUUUUACAAGGCAAUUAUCGCGCCCGCUGCCGCAGCGCAGCACAUCCACAAUAGCGUCCAGACAACAUUCGUCCGUGCACGCAGUGGCCCCAUGUCUUCUCGCAACGGGAGUAUUCGAAGUCCGUCGGCUGCGUCCUUCCAGCCCAACUCUGCAGGACCGAGAGCACCUGGUUCCAAUGUCACCUCUUCGAAUUCCGACUACGUCUACUUUGACCGCUCGACGGCUGGUUUCGAAGCCGUUCUACCCAAAGCGAAAGGAGCGCAGAUGAAACUGGAGCACUACUAUAAAGUAGCUGUUGACUCUGCCAUCGAACGAAACACGAGACGCGUGGAGCUGGAGCGGAAACUACAAACCGACAACACGACAUCUGAGGAGCGAAAGCACCGCCAACUACUGCAGUUGGGCAAGAAAGAGUCGACCUUCCUUCGCCUGCGGCGCACAAAGCUUGGACUAGACGAUUUCCGCACGGUUAAAGUGAUUGGGAAGGGAGCGUUCGGUGAAGUUCGUCUUGUCCAAAAGGCCGACACAGGGAAGAUCUAUGCUAUGAAAAUGCUCCGGAAGGAAGAAAUGUUGAAGAAAGAUCAGCUGGCCCACGUCCGAGCGGAGAGAGAUGUUCUGGCUGAAUCUGCGUCCGAAUGGAUCGUGCAGCUGUAUUACAGCUUUCAGGAUCCAACUUACCUCUAUCUCAUCAUGGAAUUCAUACCAGGUGGAGACCUGAUGACCAUGCUCAUCAAAUACGAUACAUUUUCGGAGGAUGUGACAAGAUUCUACAUGGCAGAAUGUGUUUUGGCUAUUGAGAGCGUGCACCAGAUGGGAUACAUUCACCGGGAUAUUAAACCCGACAACAUCUUGAUUGACAAGGAUGGACAUGUGAAACUCAGCGACUUUGGAUUAUCGACAGGUUUCCAUAAGCAGCACGACUCAAAUUAUUACCAGCGCUUGCUGGACAAUGCGCACAAAGAUCCAUCCCAAGCGUCUCGGAACAGCGUCAUGGUCAACUCCAUCAAUCUGACAAUGACGAACGAACAAAUCCAGACGUGGAAAGCCAACCGGCGAAAACUGGCGUACUCGACUGUUGGGACCCCAGACUACAUCGCACCAGAAAUCUUCCAGCAAAACGGCUACGGCAAAGAAUGUGACUGGUGGUCACUGGGUGCGAUCGCAUUCGAGUGCCUUGUUGGGUACCCGCCAUUCUGCUCAGAAUCGACGCACGAGACGUAUCAGAAGAUUAUACAGUGGCAACACCAUCUCAUCUUCCCUGAUGAUGUGCACUUGAGUCGCCCCGCUGAAGAUCUUAUCCGUCGUUUGAUUACUUCUGCGGAUCGCCGCCUCAGUGUCGACUGGGGGACCCUGCGCAGUAUCGAUUCCCCCUUUGUGCCGCAUCUGAGGUCAAUCACCGACACGUCGUAUUUCCCGACAGACCAACUCGAACAGGUCCCCGAGGAGAUCCCUGCAGACGCGGCAGACGCUGCGGCCAACAAGGAUCUUGCCUUUUUGGGGUACACAUUCAAGCGCUUCUCCAUCUCCAACACAUUUUAGAUACAGGGUACUGUUCGCACGUGUAUUUAUACUCAUCUCAAAUAAACCGAACCUCUGCACUUCUGCAUCCAAUGUCCUAACGGCAUUUGCAUGACUCAUCAUCCCAUCUGUGAUAAUCGGCGAUCCCAACCAAUGACACGAAUCAUGUUCCUGCUCCAUCUGUUGUACCGUAGAAGCAGACUUGCUGUUCACCGCAGAACAAUGUCAU